AUUCUUUCACCUUCCAUCCCGUUUCUCCCGCGAGGAAAACCCCUGACUGAUGACACCUCCCGUGUCAUCGGAUUCUCCUCAAUCCAGUCCCUCUUCCCAUCUGCUUUACUGUAUUGGAGUCCCUCACCAUGUGGUGGCGGCUGCCUGGCGCCCGGUCGACCCUCCCUGCCAGUGUCGCACUUCUCCUGUUUCCCGUUCUUGUUGCUCCGCAGCAGUGGCAUGAACCGCACCAUGACCUUGCUUCUACCGUUUCUGUACCCCUCCGACCGACCGGUUUCACCUCGGGCAUCGAUACCCCUCCCACCUUCAACGUGAAAUCCAACGAUGCGAGCGCCCUAGCAACCCUGGCUCUGGCGGGCUCUGGCCGCGCCGUUCGAGCCCCUCCUGCCCAGGUCAGCAGCUCCGCUGGCCUGGCUCCGCAGCUGCACGCGCGGUCCUUGCAGGACUGGGAGGUUGAGGACUUUAUCCUGCUGGCGACCGUCGACGGUUCUAUUCACGCACGCGACCGCAAGACCGGCACGGCCCUCUGGGCCCUCGAGGUUCCGAGCAGCCCCAUGGUCGAGAGCAUUUACCAUCGAGCCAAUCGCUCGAGCUUCGACCGUGCACAACCAGAAGAUGAUUUUAUCUGGAUCGUCGAGCCGAGCCAGGGAGGGAGUCUCUACAUCUACAGCUCGGGGCCGGAUACCGGUCUCCAGAAACUGGGUUUGACGGUCAAGGAGCUGGUUGAUGUAACGCCGUAUUCGGGGACGGACCCUGCUGUUACGUAUACGGCUCGAAAAGAGACGACGCUUUAUACCAUCGAUGCCCGUACGGGAACCAUUCUACGGGUGUUUAGCUCCAGAGGCCCCAUUCCCUCGGGUCAGGAGUGUCGAAAGGUUGAUGGCCUGGGUAUGGAUAUGGAGGAUUGUGAAUCUCCUUCGGGCACGCUGGUCCUCGGCCGGAUCGAAUAUACGGUGGCCAUCCAGAAUACCGAAACGGGGGAUCCGAUCUGCACGCUGAAGUACUCGGAGUGGACGGCCAACAACCGUGAUAUGGAUCUUCAGAGCCAGUAUAUUCGUACAAUGGACGAAAGUCAUAUUUACAGCAUGCAUGACGGCGUUGUUCUAGGCUUCGACCAUUCCCGGAUGGACCGGCCACGCUACACCCAACGAUUUUCGAGCCCGGUUGUCCGCGUCUUUGAUGUUGCUCGCCCCAUCAGUGUCGAUUCCUCCAACGAGCCUACUCCUCUUGUUCUGCUGUCGCAACCUCUACAGCCUCCUGACCCCGACUAUAGCUCACUUAAUGACCGUGACGAACGAGUAUUCAUCGAUUGUACCGAGGGUGGUGGCUGGUAUGCCAUGUCGGAGGAGACCUACCCGCUUGUCACAGGAAGGGCCAAGAUGGCACAAUGCUACGAAAAAGACUACCUUCGCCAUGGUCAGCCACUGACAAGCUUGAAUAUGAAACAGCAACAAGAUGCACUGGCAGGUGUUCAUUCUCUGAACGGCCCUCGAAUCAUUCGCCGUCACAUCCCCAGCAUUUCCGCCCCUUCUUCCGCGGAUCUCGCCAAUGAUACCCCCCGGGAGCUGAUUUACAGCUCGUCAGAGUUAGCACUGCCACCUGCUCUACGACACAGUACCAUCAUCCGCAAGGGUUGGGAUAAUGCGGUCGAUAUCUUUGUGACGCUCUUGCUACUGUUUUUUGGCACAUUUAUUUGGUUCAACUCCCAUCACAUUCAGGAACUUGCCAAGCAGAAGCUGGAUCUGAAAAAUAUCAUGGCAUCAUAUGGCCAACCGUCUUUAUCUACUCCGUCGACUCCGAUUGUGGAAGGUCCUCACCUGGACCGCGAGGUCAGCCCUAAUCGGUCCAUGGCAAACGUGACUAUCGAUGUCAAUAUGGCAGAAGAGGAACAGCAGGGCGGUGAUGCAACGCCAAGGCCCAAGAAGUCCCAGAACUCCCUUGCCCCUGACACAACUCCACGCGUACGCAUCAGGGAACCAUCACAAGGCCCAGACGCCGACAACGACUUCGACGACCCGAAUCUACCAGACGGCGAGAAGCCCAAAAAGAAAGCCCGGCGCGGUCGUCGCGGUGGAAGGAACCAUAGGCGGGGCAAGAAGCCCGGCGACAGUGAAUCCAGGGACCCGGCCGAUCGCGUUGUUGACGAAGUGAACAAUCUUGAGCCUCCGUCUCGCCCGGACUCUGAUGUACAAUUGACUCGGACAGUGUCCCAUGAGAUCAUGGAGAAGGAUGGCGUCGUCCAGAUCGGUCGUCUGAGGGUAUUCACCGACCGGGUUCUGGGUCACGGAAGUCAUGGAACCGUGGUGUAUCAAGGUUCAUUUGAUGGGCGGGACGUAGCCGUCAAACGCAUGUUGGUAGAAUUCUACGAUAUCGCGUCUCAUGAAGUAGGCCUGUUGCAAGAGAGUGACGACCACGGCAACGUCAUCCGUUAUUAUUGUCGGGAGCAGGCAGCCGGCUUCCUCUACAUUGCCUUGGAAUUGUGCCCAGCCUCGUUGCAGGAUGUCGUUGAACGGCCAUCGGAUUUCCCCCAGUUGGUUCAGGGUGGCUUGGAUCUGCCCGACGUUCUACGUCAAAUCAUGGCGGGAGUUCGGUACCUCCAUUCGUUGAAGAUUGUGCAUCGCGAUCUGAAACCGCAGAACAUCCUGGCGGCGAUGCCCCGGGGGCGUACUGGCUCGCGCUCUUUGCGAUUGCUGAUCUCAGAUUUCGGCUUGUGCAAGAAGCUCGAGGACAACCAAAGCUCGUUCCGCGCCACUACGGCACAUGCGGCCGGUACCUCGGGUUGGCGCGCCCCCGAGCUGUUGGUGGACGAUGACAAGAGCCCGGCCAUGCAGGGCAGCGAGUCUCAGCACACCGAAUCAUCCGAGCCCGCCGUCGUUGACCCCCAGACCAACCGGCGAGCAACUCGGGCCAUCGAUAUCUUUUCUUUGGGUUGCGUUUUCUACUACGUUCUGACGCGAGGCUGUCACCCCUUUGACAAGAAUGGCAAGUUUAUGCGCGAGGCCAACAUCGUCAAGGGUAACUACAAUCUCGAUGAGCUGCAACGUCUGGGCGACUACGCCUACGAGGCCGAGGAUCUGAUUCAGUCGAUGCUGUCGCUGGAUCCCCGACAACGGCCGGACGCUAGCGCCGUUCUGACACACCCGUUCUUCUGGCCUCCAUCCGACCGUCUCAGCUUCCUCUGCGACGUCUCGGAUCACUUUGAGUUUGAACCCCGGGAUCCUCCGUCGGAUGCCCUCCUGUGUCUGGAGUCGGUGGCCCCGCGGGUGAUGGGCCCGGACAUGGACUUCCUCCGACUGCUCCCCCGGGACUUCAAGGACAACCUCGGGAAGCAGCGCAAAUACACCGGAUCGAAGAUGCUAGACUUGCUGCGAGCCCUCCGGAACAAGCGCAAUCAUUACAACGACAUGCCGGAGCAUCUCAAAGCACAUAUCGGCGGCUUGCCCGAAGGCUACCUGAACUUUUGGACCGUGCGAUUCCCCAGUCUGUUGAUGAGCUGCCACUCGGUCAUUGUGGACUUGCGCUUGACCCGGACGGAUCGGUUCAAGCGGUAUUUCACCGCAACCGACUAGGGCAGGAGCCGUCGUAGACCUGACUUUCCUUGUACAUAUGAUCGAUCUGUCUAGAAACGCUGAUUCUUGCUUGUAGCGGCCGGGCCGCCCCUUGACACAUCGCUUGUUUUCCCCUUGAAAAGCCCCGUCGUUCCCCUCCCCUUUCGGUCUCCACAUCGUGGAAGUUCCUGCUAGUAGUACCAAUUCAUCACUGUUUACCCGAUGUGUUCAUGCGCUCUCGUAGCAGCUGCGGGCUCGUUUAUUGGCAUGUUGGUUUCACGUCGUUUUCCUGUUGCCUAUUACGGUUCGGCCCCAGUCGGGCCGUCUGUCUCUCACGUGACCCCGGAACGGGCCUACAAUGUUCAUGGUGGUGGUGGUGGUGGUGGUGGAGGUGGUAGGCAAGGACAACGUCGUCGCCGGGGGGUCAAGGCACGCCGGUAGAGCAGAGAAAGACCAUUCAG